AUGAAAUCGAGUGAUUUUGUUAUAAUUGAUGAGAUGUCGUCAUCUUCUUCAUCCUCAUUCUCGUCUUCAUCUAAACCCACAAUUGGUAAAACAUCAUCAAAUAAACGGAAACCUAUGUUAACAAUUGACGGUUAUCAAUUUCAAAUGAAAGAUUUCAAUAAAUCUAAAACUUUGAAGUUCUGGCGAUGUGCUAAUCGACUUUGCAAUGUUAUUUUACACACAAACCUGAAUGAUGAAUUUGUGAAAUUCUCAAAGGAUAAAAGUGACCACUCACAUUUGCCAAAUCCAGCUACAUUAGAAAUACGGAAUUUGAGAGAGCAAAUGCGAAAACGAGCUGAAAAUGAAUUAUUACCUUUGGAACAAAUUGCUGAACAAGAAGUACGACAAGGUCUACUCACUGGUGAAGCUCUUGCUGUUUUACCAAAUAUUCUUAAUCUUGGCCAUAACUUGGUGAAUAAUCGAAGAGUAAUGAUGCCUCCAAUUCCACAGUCAUAUUCUUUCACUAUUCCAGAUGAAUAUAAAAACGAUUAUCUUAAUAAGGAUCGUCUUUUAUUACACGACAGUUAUGAUCCACAAUUUUCUACAAAUGACUCAUUAUAUGCAUCACCUGAAGGAAGAAUUCUCAUAUGGUCAUCAGAUAUUCAAUUGAAAUUAUUAUUUGAUAGUGAUAAACUUUACAUGGAUGGAACAUUUUCCACCUCUCCACCCAAUUUUGAUCAGGUGUACAUCAUUCAAGCCAUUCAUCAUGAAUCAUGUUUGCCGGUAGUAUUUGCACUACUUCCUGAUCGAAAAGCAACAACGUAUAUUUAUCUUUUUCAUGUUUUAUUCUCGGAAGCAAAAAGGCUUAACAAAAAGUUCAAUCCGUGUUUACUCAUGACUGAUUUUGAACAAGGAGUUUCUCGUGCAGUUUCACUUAUGUUCGCAGGAGCAACAGUACAAAAGGGUUGCUUUUUCCAUUUUUGCCAAGCUAUCUAUCGAAAUGUUCAAUUCAAUGGUUUAUCAUCAACUUACUUAGAGAAUCUUAUGAUUCGUAGUGUGAUUCGACAGAUGAUGGCAUUGGCGUUAGUUCCUGAGGAGCAUGUAUUAUCAUUGUUCGCUGGUCUUGGUGCAGAACUCGAUGAAAAUGAACGUGAUCAAUUAAAUUCUCUAUUUACAUAUUUUGAACGCCAGUGGUUAUCAAAGAUCUCGAUGUGGAACGUUUUUAACAUUCGUGAUAAAACUAAUAAUUUCUCUGAAGGUAUGUAA